GGUCGUAACUUCCGCCCUAGCUGUGUUGAUGAUUUACUAAAAUGGCUGCGGCGGCGUUAGUAGAGACUUCUUCAGGUAAAGAUGUUAUUGCCGAGGGGUUGCUCGACCUCCUGAAACCAGCUAUCCAGCAGCUCGACCUGCAUGUCCACUCAGUCAGAGAAAGCCAGGUAGAAUUAAGAGAACAUAUAGACAAUCUGGCCACAGAGUUAUGCAGGAUAAAUGAACAUCAGAAGGUGGCUCUAGACCUGGACCCUUAUGUAAAGAAGCUGCUGAAUGCAAGACGUAGAGUAGUGUUGGUAAACAACAUACUGCAGAAUGCUCAGGAACGUCUGAGGAGACUCAACCACAAUGUGGCCAAAGAGACGGCAAGAAGAAAGACCAUGCUGGAGGCUUCGGGAGUGUUCACCUCUCGCUCCCCCAGUAAACCCUGAGCUGCUGCCUCCUUCUCAUCUGCACAGCAAAACUGUGAACUGUCCUGGAGGGUAACCGUAACACGAAGAGGACUGGUCUUCCUUUGCCAUUUGCUUAGCGGUUUGUCUAACGAUAUGCUGGUGUCUGGAACUGCUUUGUCUAAUGUUGUGUCAUCAUUAAAAUCCAAGCUGCUAUGUACAGUGUUAGGCAGCUGCAAAUAGGUUAUUGUCUUAUCCUCUGGCAAAGUAUGACAGAAUCAACUCUACAGCAUCACCUUACAUUGUACAUUAAACACUCAUAGCCACCUAAACGUAAUGACCAUCCACAUUUAUUUUUCUUCUCAUCGAGUGUUCCUGAGCUCUGAGUGACAUUUAUGUAAUAAUUCAUAUACAUCGAUUCUGCAGAUAAGGAAAAAAAAUGUACUCAUGACUAGCACUGUAAUGUCACUCAGCAUGCAGGAUAGAUGGUCUGAGUAAUCUUAUGGACCAGAAUAACAGAUCCUUGUUCCACUGCUAGAAGCAUUGUCCUAAAAUGCAUGUCUUUAAAAUGUCAGGUGGUCUUUAUGCCUUCUGCUCUCUGGCUUUGGGAAAUUGUUGUCCACAAAUGAGUGGCUCAGUUUAGCUGCGGUUUACAAAGAGUUUAAAACACAGCUGCAUUCUAAACUGGACCUAAUUGCUGCGUCAAAACCAACACAACAAUGUUAUCAUUAUGUAGUACACACAUGGAUGUAUUAUGAGAGCUUAAUACAUCCAUGAGUGCACUGGUUUCCCACCAACAUGAAAGGCGUUCCGUUCUGGUUUGUGCACCUAAUUUUUAAACGCUCGGAGCACGUUUAAAAAAAUGAACAGAACCAGUUUAUGAACCUUUGGUGGAAACACACUGCAAUGUUUGACUGCUAACCAGCAUGCACUGGGGUAAUAUAAUUAUUAUCCCAUCUGUGCUGCUGCAAUAUUACUGAUGUCAUUGUGAUUGGAAUCGUGUUCUGCAAUGUUUCCACUGUUGUUGACGUUUCCACUUUGAUGUACAAUUAGUCAGUACAGGUAAAUGCAGUUAGUGAGGCACAGUUAAGGAGAUUCUCACCCUUAAUGAUCUGUUAUGGCCACAUUCUGGAUGUGAUGGGCUUAAGUCCAAUGAAAAAAUGCAUAUUAGGGAGAAAUGUUUGGAAAUAAAGCAGUCUAUUGAUUUUUAAUGUCACCUUUAGAUAUUCAUAUUCAGUGCUUUACUAAUGUGCCACAAUAAUGUAAUGUUUUUCAUAUCUUCAUUUGGGGGCUUUUCCAAGCAAAUAUUGCUUAAAAUAUUGAUUAAGUCAGCAUAUAUUUCUGCCACCCCUUAAAGUCUCCUAUGCCAGCCUCUGAACACCCCAUAAAUAUUUCUCUAGACCCGCCCCUGGGCAGGUUUAAGUUAAACCUUAGACACACUGACCUCUACAGGAGUUUGGGUGAUUUCUACCGCACACAGGACCUGGUUCAGACUAAACCACACAUCUUCUGAGGACAUGGCAGUGGGAUUUAAAUGAUCUUCUGAUCCAGGCAACACAGGUUUGAACCGGUCUUAAACUUGGCUGGCUCUUUUUCUUUAAUAAGUAAGUAACAUGUUCCACUCUGAGUUUUCUGUAAAGCUCUGCUGACAUAAAUGUGUUAUGUGAGCAAAUCAACACAAAGCAUAAUUAUAUUCAAUUGGUUUAAUAUUCGAUGAUGUGUACAGUGUCGUGUCUCUCUUAAUAUGCAAUGAAUGAAUCCCUAUAACACUUGUGAUUUUCAGUUUUUGUAUGAUAUUGCUUCUUUAUGAAUGUUUAUAAAAUAUACAUUAACAUCUGUGCUCAUGUUUUUGAGCUUGUGUAUAAA